UUACAGGAAAGCCCUCAAAGCUUUCGGAACAGAGGAACUCACCCAAUUGUAGAAGCAAACUUCAGCGCCACGCACUUUAUAUGAGUGAGGAUGAGGGUGAAUUUAAACCUUCCCCCUCUAUAUAUAUGGGUGAGCAGAGUGUUCACAAGGAAGCAGCACACGUUCACGGAUUCAGCGAUCCAUGGCCAAUUAUAUCCAAAUCAUAUCCAGACGAACCCCAUUCAGAAAGCCCUGCUGGCUGUGGGGUCAGGAGUUGCUGCUCUGCAAAAUCCCUACAGACAUGACUUUAGAUCUUACUGAACCUUUCUCUAAAACAGACAUGGUGGCAGUUCUGGGAGAGACUACAGGGCAUCUCGCAUUGUUAAAACUAAGGCACAGAAUGAAUAACAACCCUGAAGGUUACACCGUUCUCACAGAGCGUCCGAGGAUUCGCCUAUCCACGCUGGACCUUUCCCGGAUGUCCAAACUUCCAGAUGGCUCCUUAGGAAGGGAAUAUCUGCGCUUUCUGGAAGACAAUGAAGUCACUCCAGACACACGGGCAGACGUUAAAUUCGUCGACGAAGAAGAGCUAGCGUAUGUCAUGCAGCGUUACAGAGAAGUGCACGAUUUAGUACAUACAAUACUGGGAAUGCCUACUAAUAUGCUCGGAGAAGUAGCUGUUAAAUGGUUUGAGGCCGCUCAUACAGGUCUGCCCAUGUGCAUUAUGGGAGCGAUUCUCGGUCCACUGCGGCUAUCGCUGAGACGUAAGCAGAAGCUGGUGUCGUCUCUCGGGCCGUGGGCUUUGCGGAGCGGCAGUCGCGCACGGUGCAUGCUGAGCGUUUUUUACGAGCGCCGUUGGGAGCAGAACCUGGAGGAACUCCGGAAAGAACUGGACAUCGAACCUCCACCUCUCAUCCUGCCUGCAAAGAACAAGAAAGCAGCCUGAGACUUGCAUACAUGGAAAAAUUUCAGAAGAGGAUAUCCGUGUAGGAAUCAUAAACUAAUGUUGAUAUCGAAUUUAAGAGAUUUUUUCACUCUCUUUUUUCAGAUAAAAAAAAACGGGGAUGCAGUGAUUGGAUGAUUGCAAAACGAUUUGCUAUCGUUUGUAUUAACGCAACCAUUUUGUUUAAAGAAAGAAAUUUAAUCACUCAUUUGGAUAGAAAUUGGAACUCAUUUGUGGUGACUGAGGUACAAUUGAAUCACUAUGUAUGUGUCAGAAGCCUAUAGUCUAAAUAGUCUAGACCAUAGACCAAAAGUCUAUUUUAGUAUUGUCACUUGAUGACUAAAUGAAAACCUGUGACUGAUUGCACUUGUUGCCUCUUUCACACAUCUCAUAUUUGAUUCAUCCAAAGAUUUUUUUUUUUUUUGUUUGAGUUUAAUUUAAUUUAUUUUUAUAUUGUGCUGUAUAUCUACCUGUUUACUGUUGAAGCAGUAUCAGUUGAAUACUUUGUUAAAUGCAUGCCAUGUAUACUGUUCAGUAUAUUUUUGGGCAAUAAAUAUGUAAAUAUUUACAUGCUUUUUCACACAAAUCUCAUUAAUAUUAUUAUUACUACUAUUCGUAAUAGUAGUGUUGGUAGUUCUGGUAAAACGUGAAGGUGCAUCAGCUAGAUUUGAAAGGAAGAAGGUUUCUAAUAGUUGUUGUAUGUAGUUAAAUUUGACUUGAUCCCUUUAUAAAACAACCACAGCCUUAAAAUUUGUUAAACCAUCAGGGGUGGUGCAGGUAUUUGUUCCACCACACCUCAGUCAACUGAAAGCCAACAAUAAACGAUAGAUCCCUUUUUGUUCUCAUACAAUGGCACGACAUUUUUUAAUUCAUUUUUACAUCAUUCGUUUCUACAUGAAAUAUUUGUAUUAGUAACAAAAAAAAAACUUUAAAAAAGGGAUGUUCUAUCUAAAAUCUAUCUGCCAUAUAAUUUCAUACCACAUAACUUCUCUCUCGUCAUUUUCUGCAUUAAUAAAAUGCGCUGCUUUUGUAGACCUUUUUCGCUUUAUUCAAAUUUCAUAACUUCUUUAGGUGUAUUUACUAUACAUGUGCAUUGUC